GUGACGCGCGGCGCGGUGACGUCACGGCGCCGCCAUGUUCCGCAGCCUGCUGGUGGCGGCGGCGCAGCGGCCCCCGGCCCCCCCCGGCCCCCCCCGGGCCCCGCCGCCGCCGCUGCCGCCGCCGCCGCCGCCCCCUCCGGCCCCCGGCGGCCCCGAGGCGCUGGAGGCGCAGUUCAGCUGCCCCAUCUGCCUGGAGGUUCUGCGGGGAGUGCCUGCAGCCCUGCCUCCAGGUGCCGUCCCCGCUCUGCCCGCUCUGCCGCAUGCCGUUCGACCCCAAGAAGGUGGAGAAGGCCUCCAGCGUGGAGAAGCAGCUCUCGUCCUACAAGGCCCCCUGCAGAGGCUGCAGCAAAAAGGUGACCCUAGCCAAAAUGCGGUCUCACGUCUCGUCCUGUGCGAAGGUGCAGGAGCAGAUGGCCAACUGCCCCAAGUUCGUCCCCGUUGUCCCCACGUCCCAGCCUAUCCCCAGCAAUAUUCCCAAUCGCUCCACGUUCGUGUGCCCGUACUGCGGGGCCCGGAACCUGGACCAGCAGGAGCUGGUGAAGCACUGCAUGGAGAACCACCGCAACGACCCCAACAAAGUGGUGUGCCCGGUGUGCUCGGCCAUGCCCUGGGGGGACCCCAGCUACAAGAGCGCCAACUUCCUCCAGCACCUCCUCCACAGGCACAAGUUUUCCUACGACACCUUCGUGGACUACAACAUCGACGAGGAGGCAGCACUGCAGGCUGCUCUGGCUCUGUCUCUCUCCGAGAACUGAGGGCUGCUGCGGAGCUUCUCUUCGCUUCGGACCCCCCCUCACGCCCCUUUUGCACACUCGACCUCCCUGCUGGGGCGGCACGGAGCUCGUGGCCCCCCCGAGACCCACCGCCUCUCUUCCCUCUUCUCUCUGGGCUGAUCCCACCUCCGUGAAGAAGGCGGAGGCGCCUCGGCAUCACGGUGGAGCGUUUGAUAGGCACGUAAAACUGCGAUGCGUUUUAUGCAGAAACGCCCUAGUUCUAAACUACACCCAUCCACGUCCUUUUCUGAAAAGGAAGAAAACAGCACGGAGCGGUUUUGGUUUUUCUUUUUCAAACCCUACGAGGUUAUUUCUGGAGCCGCCGGUCUGUCCCGUCCCCCACGCUGCAGGCAGGAGGGAGCUGCCUCCUUUUCCUGCAGGACAGCCCAGGAGCAGGCCGGGCUGCAGCCUGGAGCAAGACUUUUGCCCUCGUGAGCCCCGUGGGAGCAGCGGGUUCGGAGCCGUGGACUGUCUGGACGCGCAGUGAAACUCCCAAAACUCCCACCCUCCUCGUUUUGUACCGGCUCUUGUGAUACUGCGUCCUCGCAUUUUUCUAUACGAACCGGCGCGAUGCCUUUUCCACGUUUUGUAGAGCGGGAACAGAAGCUGUUACUCUUUACACUGCAAUAUCCGUCGCCGGGGACGAGAGUUAUUUUUAUGGAACAUUAUUAAGAAAGUAUAUUUUUAAAAAAAAAAAAAAAAAAGACACUCUUAAAACGAAAACCAAACACGCUGUGGAUUUGAAAUCGGGUGGGAUGGAGGAGCUGGACCCUGGGCCCGCAGGUGGGACUCUGCCUGGGCCACGGCAAGCGUGCACGUUUCCUCCUCCGUCCCCUCCGGGCUGUCUCCGUCUGCUGGCAGCUUCUCUCUGCAGUUGGUGGUCAGCACCUCGUCGCUCAGCACCGCCAGCCCCGCGGCUCCUCCACGGCAAGGGGAGCGGGCAGCGGCGUGCCGAGAGCUGCCUCGUGGAGGACAAGCAGCCCCCUUUGUGUUCUCCAAGAGCCGCUUGCUCGGCUGCAGUCCCCGAGCUGCUAACUCGUGGCCGGGCUCUGCGGGUUCUCGCCGGGCUCGGCAGCUGGAGCAGCUCUUCGUAGCUGGCUCCUGGCAGGGCUCUGGGCUCUGAGUGCUGGCGUAACGCUGAGGGCUGGAUUUCCUUCCUCUCUCUGCCGGCUGAUCUCUCAGACGCUUGUAAUUAAACAAGAAGCGCUGCUUGAGAGCCAGGAACAAGGGGCUCAGCCCGCCGGGCUUGCACAAGCUCUGCUGGGAAUCACCCAAGUUUGAUUUUUUCCUCCAAAACUGCAGCGCUACUGGAAGCCCUUGGCCACAGAGAUCGAGCGUGGCAGGAAAGGAUUUCACCGAGCGGCUUCCAGCCCCUGGCUCCUGCGGCAGCAGCACCAACCCUUGCAGGCAGGGCUGCUCUGCGAUGUCCCUGGAUGUGGCCGUGGGCGAGAUCCGGAGGGCAGCUGCGGGCUCGGUGCUGCCGGACGGUGCUGUGCCUGUCCCACGGGCGCGUGGGGACGCGGGGCUGUGUGGGAUGCCUAACGCAGAGCAUCUCGUCCCCCGAAAUGGGAUCGCAGGAUUACGUGUUCCUCUCCCCAGGCAUGGGGCACAUCCGGGCAGAUGCUGAUCUGAGGGAUGUGCCGUAGCCUCCCCGUACCAAACGUGGCAGAAAGCACCUGCAAAGCACGGUGCCAUGUCUGCGCAGUCCCUGCACGGUGCCCAGGCACCCUGCCGCCCUUUGGGGUGGCACCAACAAGGGGACCAGCCCAAGGCUCACGGGGACUUACCCAUAUGGGGGCAGUGAGGUGACAUCUGCACACCUGGGCUGGGCAGUGCUCAGGAGGGCAGCAGUCCCCCCACCCCGUGCACUGAAGGGGUGCUUCGGGGGACCCCAAGGUGCCUGUCCGGGGCUGCACCCCAGUGUCCUCCUAAAGGUCGGGGUGCUGCUGGGACGUGCCACUGCUGUGCCCUGGGGCUGCGGGGCGCCUGUGCCUCUGGCAUGCCCCGGGCUCGCCUGCCGUCCUUAUCCCCGCUCAGAGAAGCAUCCUUUUGUGGUUCAUCCGAGUCCUGGCUCCCUCCAGCUCUGCUCUAGCAAUACUGUCUUUUUACUAUAAGUAGUACUGAGUGUUUUGGGGUCCUCGGGCUCCUGUUUUGGGGUCCUCGGGCUCCCCUGUGCCGCUGGCAGCCCUUCGGGGCAGGCACGGAGACCGGCUGCUCCCCUGGCAGAGGGCAGCACUCACUGCCCCCGGGCAAAGGGCUGGGGCUGCUCUGCUCCCUCCCUGGAGCAGGGAGGAACGGGGUCUUCCCUUACCAGCACCGCAUCCUCAGCACCUGCCCAGCCUGGGGGCUUCCCCUGCUCCCAGUGGGACGGAGCAGGGGAGUCUGGAAGGGACCCAGCUGGGUUUCCCCGUCCCCUCUUUGGCUGGGACUCUCAGGUUAGAGGUCUCUGGUCCGUGCUGCUCUCCAUGGAGCUCUUGCUACCUGCCCUGGAGGAUUUGGGGCAGCACCCUUAAUGCCUCUGUCUCCCUCCUCCUCUUCCUUUUUGCCCCAGAAGCGUCAGAGCAGGGGCAGCAACGGCUGCUUUCGUAAAGCACCUUAAGGCUGUGCAGGCGGCUCCUGCCUCUCGCCCCCUUGGCGUGGGGCUGGGUCUGACCAUGCCGGGGCUCCGGGUGCCGCCGGGCUCCUGCUGCGCCGCCGGCUGUGCUCGUUAGUUGCUCCCCCCGACUUUUUGCAUAAGGACUGGAACUUUUAAUGAGACAUACCGGUUUUUUGAAGAAGAAGAAAAAAAGAAAAAUCAACGAUGUAUUUGUAGCAAGCCAUUUUUCUCAGUAAAGGCGGUUUCAUCCA